UAUCAGUUGCUCGCUGUUUUUGUACCUCGAUGGACUGUUUUGUUGUUCCCUGUAAAUCGAAUGCGAGGUUUCGGAUUCCAAAAUGCUCGUGAACGGUUUCGAGCAGAUUCCGCAGGUGUGCCCUGUCAGGGGUUAUGAAGACGCGGGAUGGAAUUCACAGUGCCCCAUGGCUGGUCAGUGGUCAAGACAAAUAGACACGAGUCAGUGCGGUUAUGGAAAUUACAAUCCGAACUUUAAAAGUCCAUCUGUGCAGUGUUAUAGGAAUGCUCCCUACGUUCCUUACGGUCAUGACAAUGUGUUUCCGUAUUACCCGCCUCAGGAAGUGUACCAACAACCAGUGCCUUAUGUUCCGCCGUUGCCUGUUCCGAAUUUGCCUUGCCAUGGACAGCAGCCAUGGGACUAUAAUAACAUGUGCUUCGAUGUGGAUGGCCAACCUUGCCAAUAUACCACUGUUGUCGAUUUGGAAGAUUUUAUGAACAAUGAAAAACGUAAGGAGAAAUCGCGCGUGGCUGCCCGAUGUCGUCGGACGAAGGAGAUGCAGAUAUUCGCCGAGUUAACAGCAGCGCUGCCCGCGAGGAAAGAGGAUGUGGAGCAGCUCGACAAGGCCUCUGUCAUGCGUCUCGCCAUCUCAUACCUGAAAGUGCGAGACGUUGUCACCUUGCUCCCAGAACCGGAGUCAGAUCAUCCGAAGAUCCCCAACCCUAAGGACAUGGAUGAGCUGUCCACGGAGCUGUCGUACAUGAAGGCUUUAGACGGCUUCGUGUUGGUGCUCUCCCAGCAAGGAGACAUAGUGUACUGCAGCGAGAAUAUUGCUGAUCACCUCGGAGUGUCUCAGAUGGAGAUAAUGGGCCAGAGUGUCUUCGAGUUCAGUCACCCGUGCGACCACGACGAGAUACGCGAAGCUCUGCGGUCCAGCAGCACGGGCCGCCGCGAUCUGUUGCUGAGGCUCAAGUGUACCCUCACCAGUAAGGGCAGGAACGUUCAUCUCAAGUCUGCGUCUUAUAAGGUGAUCCACAUAACCGGCCACAUGCUAAUGCCAGAAGAGAACUCUGAACGCAACAACAAUGAUGAGAAGAAACAGGAUGGCGACGACAAGAAAUUGCCCUCCAAGAACGGGUCCCUCGUGGCCGUGGGCAGGCCGAUCCCGCACCCCUCGAACAUCGAGAUCCCUCUCGACAGCAAGACUUUCCUCUCCAAGCACAGUCUCGAUAUGAAGUUCACAUAUGUUGAUGAAGCAUUGAUGAACACGCUCGGAUUCGAGCCGGACGAGUUAGUCGGCCGCUCCGUAUACGAGUAUCAUCACGCAGCCGAUACCGGCUCGCUGGUACAGCAAUUCAAAUCAUUAUUCUCGAAGGGGCAAUGCGAGACGGGCCGAUACCGCUUCCUCGCCAAGACCGGGGGCUACGCCUGGGUUCAAACCCAGGCCACGGUCAUCACCGACAAGCAACAGAAGGCGAUAAGCGUCGUCUGCGUCAAUUACGUCAUCAGUGGCAUCGAGUGCAAAGAUGAGGUGUUUGCUGCACACCAGGUGCACCACGCCGAUCUGAAGCCCGUGCUGGCCAACGUAGCCUCUGAGCCUGCCGCUAACGGCGCCAUCGUCGCCAUUAUACCGCCCGAAGAGGAGCGCCCUAUACCCGUCACUGAGCUUAUAUUCGCUCCGCGAAAGAAAGAAAUGAACAAAGGCUUUCUCAUGUUCUCCCAAGACGAGGGACUUACAAGUGAGUGGCACUCGAACUUCCACAGCUUAGUGCUUAAAGACGAGCCGGAAGAUCUGACACACUUGGCACCUACCGCUGGCGAUGCUUGUAUCCCUCUAGAGAAUAGUCCUUUCGACAUGUUCGACGAAUUCAUUCUGAGCGAUAAUUACUGCAGUCUGCUAGGAGAUGAUUUGGCUAACGGAUCACCAGUAGAUUCCUUAACGCCAGAUUCCUUGUUGUUGUCUUCGCCGGAACCUCAGGAAAAUGAAUCGUCAUGCGAACAGUCGUCACUAUUAACAGAACUGUCACUAGACGCCUUCGACAGUAAUAGGUCAGAUAAUGACAUCGAUGAUGGGAACUCACCGUUCAUCCCUACAAGUGAUGAACUGCCGGUGCUGGAGCCGGCCGUGAUGUGGGGGGCCUUGCCCGACAGCGUGAGCAUGGCAAGGCCACACCCCACGGAGAUGCAGACCACGUCGCCAGCACCCGCGCUGCAACGCUUGCUGACGGCGACCACCACGGGACCACCACCACAAGAUCUCAUAACCAAUAUAUACUCCGACCAAGGUUUAAUACCAAGCAGAAGUGUAGCGUCAUGGGACACGGGCGUAAAGAGAGUAAUGAAGCAAGAGCAGGAGCCGUGUGCGAAGCGCGUGAAGCGCAGCCCGUCCCCGGCGCAGGCGACGACGCCGGCGCCGUCCUCGAGCGUCCUCAUGAACCUCCUGGACCUGCAGCAACAACUACCGCAGCAGAAACCCCAAAUGCAACCCAACUUCCAACUGGUUAGGAACCAGCAACCUAUCAUGCAGAACCCGAACAUGAACACCAUCCCCCUCCCUGUAAUAAACCUAUUACAAGGCAUGCCCAAACAGAUGCUGCACUCAAACACGCCAAUGAACGUGGUCCGCAGCAACAUCAGCAGUCCGAUGUCCCCGCUCAGUCUGAAUGUCAGCCCGAUGUACUCCUUGCCAUCGAGCCCAAACAGCUUCAGUCCGGCGAUGAGCCCGGCUCAGCGCGAGCGCGUCAUGAGCCCCUACUCCACUCAAUCCUUAUCGCCAGUGGGGAAGUUCCAACAGUACAGUCCUGGCAGCAGGCUCAUGUCCCCGGUUGGCGCGCUCAAGGGCUGCGACCCUUACCUCACUAACAAGAUGCAGCCGAGCCCCGGGUUCACCCUACAGACACCAGACAUCAUGUUGGAGUCCAACGUGCCUCUAGCUACCGACUUCUGGACCGAGUCCGACAUGCUGCAGGGCACCAGCGACCUCCUCACAGCCUUAGAUGACGUUAAGUUAGUUUAGUUGUAAGAAAAUUGUAACAAUUGAAGUCGUGAUUGAAGAGUGAUUUCAAUCUCUUGAUAAUAAUAGUAUUCGAACUGAUGAAGCAUUUCUGUUUAUAACCACCGUUAGAAAUAUGCUCGAGUUUACAGAUAUACACACUUGGUACCAAAUAUGUAAAUUGUUGCUUUAGUCGAAGUUUUAUUCUAUUGAAAUCACUCGAAUGAAUGCAGGGUCGCAAAGGGUAGAAAACAAUAAAAGCCAAAGGGAUUCCAGGCGAGUUUUUCGUUGUACCGCGAGCACGACACACGACCGUGCCGAACUCAUGUCGGACUAUUCAUAUAAGCUAGUUUGCAUAAAUAUUCAAAUAUAAAAGUUAAGUCAACUAAUCAAAUUAUAUUAAGUUACCCAUUUGCCCAAUAUCAAAAUACACACUUUCGAUUCUCGGAAGGGGUUUUAUGAAUUGCAUUUCUAAAACGCUGGUCUGAGCUUGGAAUCCUAGGUAACGAAACAAUGUGGCUUAGAUUAACAGAUAUUUUAUAUUGUGUACGACAUUUUUGAUAUGCCUACCAUGUAUUUUGUAUGUCUGUUAGCAUGGAUGUUAUGUGUAAAUGUACUACGUCUUUGAUAGUAAGCGUUAAUGGAACAAGACAGAAUUUAAUGGGAUUUAAUGAAGAUAGUUUUAUCUAUACGUUUAGGUAUACGAGAAAUAAUUAAUGUUGUUAGAUUUUUAAACAUAAUUAGAUGAUUAUUUUCAGUCUUUUCCGUCGUCAUAUUUCUGUUUUGUUUUAUUCGCGUUAGGUAGGGCUGCCUAUCUGCAGAUUGGAUUACGGUAUUUGAUUAGGUAUCAUAUAGAUUUUGUAUUAAUCGGCAUGUUAUUCACUAAAAUAACUAUUCAAAACAAUUCUCAAAGGAGUUACUUUGUAAGUAAAGAUUCUAUAUAAGUUUUAUUGACUUUUAUGAUCAAAUCGUAUACUCAUUUAGUGAUUAAGUGAUCAUAAUAUUUUAUAUUUUUCUUUUUUCCCAUCAUUUAACAAAUGUAUUUAUUUAUUCGCUGACACUGCCUUUGCGUCACUAUUAAGGCAAAUUUGAUGUUUUAUUAUUGUAAUAGAUGUCAAAUGGAAACGCACACUCGAAUAACUAUGUUUAUAUAUUUGUUUUAUGACAAUUAAAGUAAGAGAGACAUGUUGGCUUGGCUCAAUUGUUGACUAAUAAGGUCUUCCAAUCACGAUGGUAAUAUUAUGUUGUUUGAAUAAAAACUUUUUGGUGCUUUUGUUUCCAUUAUCUUUAGGUGUGGUACAUCAUGAAACAAGAAAAAAAUAAAAAGUAUUCUAAUGCCUUUACAAUAAUUUUAGGAUUGAAAUGUACAAUUAUUUUUAACUUGAAAUUGGCAAUAUCAGUAAAUGUGAUAAGUAUUUCUUGGUGGACUAUCAAUUUAUUAUUUUAAACUAUACCAUAUUACAUUAUUCUUACAUAUAAUUUAUAUUUAAGUCAACAAAUAGAGCUAAACCAACAAUUAGUUUUCCUUUAGACAGUUAUAAAGUAAUUUACCUUAUUUUAGCGUUACGUUGCAAACGUCACAUGCCGUACAUCAGAAGUACAAUCAUAAACCUUCUAUCAUUAUAUCGAUAAUGCAAUUAUUUUCUUAUAAUUUAAAUCUCGAUAGAUUAUUUACUUUAGUUAGGCAGACGGGAUUGUUAAAGAUCGAGGCUAGAUAAGUAUAGAUUUAAAGAAUAUAUUUAAUAAUAAUAAUUUAAUGAUUUAAAUUCAAAAGUUUAAAAUUUAUGAUUUAUGCAAUUUGUUAACACUAUGUUUACUUUUGACUACCUUACUGGUUACUUUAGUCUUGAUAUAAGUAUAUUAAGUAAACUUACUGCCAAUCUUCAUGUUUGUUUCUGUAAAAUAAUUUCUUGUUUCAAAUAAUGUGCCAUAGAAUUUGUAAAAUGUUUAUGAAUUCUUAGCUGUCUUCAUAAUGUCAACAUAAUAUGCUGUAAGCUGUAAUACAUCUUGUGAACAUUAAACACCAAUAAUUUAAUAAGGAAUUUAAAUUGUAAAUAUAAAUCAAAUUGUUUUAUAUAUUUAGAGAAUAAAUUUCUGUCAUUGAA